AUGGAGAAUACAGAAGGGAAAAUCACGCCGGGGACCAGCAUGCCCGUGCUCGUGCUCGUCAGCACGCUGUUUCUUGGCGGUGUGCUCUUUAUAAUCGGUUAUAUCGUCAGCCGGUUGUCACGGUCCGACAGAUCAUCGGAUUCAGCGAAAAGUAAGCAUUGCCAUUGAAGAAAUUUAACUAUAUAUUUCUUUUACACGGCUCGUUGAAGAAUACCACGCUUGCGUGUUCCGCGUACCUCUCACGCCGCCGAAUACGAUAUUCUUUUCUUUCUCGUGUUUCCACUUGCAGGCAACGAUAAAAAGAAAAAAGAAAUUUCGCAAGUCGAAGCAAGACGAUGA